AUGGCGUUGCGUUUGCUGCAGAAGCUAAACAGCAACGUGAAGGGCCGUCUGGGGCUGAUUGAGGCCCGGCUGCAGGCAGACACGCUGCUGUGCCGCAUGCAUUCUGUUUUGUCUCCGUUGCUGCCGGAGCCAGCAGCAGCAGCAGCAGCAGCAGCAGCAGCAGCAGCAGCAGGGGGGGGAGGAGGGGGAGAAGGGGCAGCUGGAAGCAGCAGCGAGCUGCUGCUGCAGCAGCAACAAAUUAUAUAUAUCGAUGAUGCUGCUGCAGCAAAGCUGCAGCACAUUGCUCACCAGCUGCUGCUGCUGUGUAAGCAGCUGCAGCGGCAGCAUGCGCAGCAGAUAGCUGCUGACCAGCAGCAGCAACAGCAGCAGCAGCAGCAGCAGCAGCAGCAGCGGAAUACAGCAGCAGCAGCAGCAGCAGCAGCAGCAAAACAGCAGCAGCAGCAGCAGCAGCAGCAGCAGCAGCAGCGGAAUACAGCAGCAGCAGCAGCAGCAGCAGCAGCAAAAGCAGGGCCACUAACACCAGUUGCUUCCAACCAGCAGAGCAUCGAGCUGCUGUGCAGCAUGCUGCUGCUGCGUUCUCCUGCUGCAGCAGCAAACAGCAGCAGCAGCAGCAGCAGAAGCAGCAGCAGCAGCAGCAGCAGCAGGGAGACAGCAUCACCUGCUGUAGAAGAAGCUAUACAGACAGCCCUUGAGCUGCUGCUGCUGCUGUGCGAGCCGCCGCCGCUGCUGCGCACAAUCAUAGAGCAGCAGCAGCAAAGCAGCAGCAGCAGCAGCAGCAAGGAGACAGCAUCACCUGCUGUAGAAGAAGCUAUACAGACAGCGCUUGAGCUGCUGCUGCUGCUGUGCGAGCCGCCGCCGCUGCUGCGCACAAUCAUAGAGCAGCAGCAGCAGCAGCAGCAGCAGCAGCAGGAAGCUCUGCUGCCUGCUGCAGGGGCAGCAGCGCAGAAUCCUGCAGCAGCAGCAGCAGCAGCUGCUGCUGCUGCAUCGACACCAGCAGAUAGCAGCAGCAGCAGCAGCAGCAGCAGCAACGGAACUACUGGAGGAGACAGCACUACUAGCAGACUGCUGCGGCUGGAAGCUGCUGCUGCUGCUGCUGCUGCUGCUGGUUUGCCUGCAGGUGCAGCAGCAGCUGCUGCUUUUGCUUCAUCGGAGAAGCAAACAGCAGCAGCAGCAGCAGCAGCAGCAGCAGCAGCACAUCUGCAGCUGCUGCGGCGUGUCUGCUGCAGCACAGGUGGAGGCGAAGCCCUUGUCUUGCUGCUGCAGCUCAGCAGCUGCGGGCUGCAGCUAGACUGUUUGCUGCUGCUGGGCGAAGCCCUUGUCUUGCUGCUGCAGCUCAGCAGCUGCGGGCUGCAGCUAGACUGUUUGCUGCUGCUGCAGCGGUUGCUGCUGUAUAGCAGCAGCCUGGAGGAGUAUGAACAGCAGCAGCAACAGCAGCAGCAGCAGCAGCAGCAGCAGCAGCAGCAGCAGCAGCAGCAGCAGCGAGCAGCAGGAAGCGUAGCAGCAGCAGUUGCUGCUGCUUGCUCACAAGGGGGCUGCUGCAUGCAACAAAUAACAACAGCACUAGCAGCAGAAGGAGCAGCAGCAGAAGCACUAAAGGUGCAGGCGCUGCAGCUGCUGCAGCUGCUGCUGCUGCUGUCUCCUCCUAUGCGUACUGCAUGUACUAUACAGGUUUAG